AUGCCCCACGAAAACAGAAAAAGAGGCAAGAAGCAUAAAAAGCCUGGCCCAGAUGCAGACACAGAAUUCGAUGAAAAACAACAUACUGCAGAACCAGAGCCCAAAGUCGAAGUCGAAGCUAGACCAUCAUGGAUCGUCCCAAAUCCCCAACAAGAGCAGGAGCAAGACUCGGAGGCCCCGUUUGGGUACCUUGACGUGGAUGUCAAGGCAUAUUUCAGGACUGUGGAUGUGCAGAUGUGGCAGUGGCAGGAUAGAGAGGUGGAGGUGGAUGAUGAUGAAAAACACACGUUCUUCCUCACUGCCCUCACUGAGAUGACGGGGAAAGAAAAACAAUUCGCGACGGACCCAGAGUGUUCGGUGGUGCUGGAGAGGAUGGUGCAUUCGAUGGAUGAUUUUGCAAGGAGGGUGUUUUUGGAUACUGAUGAGGUUAAGUACAAAAUACUCGCUCGCCAUCAGUUCGUGUUGCAUGUCUGUCAGACCCUCCUCGAGGUUUCUGGGGAGACUGUUUCGAGGGAGACUAAAGGUAUACUACCUGAAAUACCACAAGGUGACUCUAAAAAGGGACAUCUCCCAACAACGACCAAACUCGUACUGGAUUUGUGCGACGAACUCCUCCCCAUCCUGCCUCCGCUCCUCCAUGACCCGUUCAGCUCACAUAUAGUCUGCGUGCUCACGCUCCUGCUCUCUCCCACAUCAAAUACGCAUAUACAGUCCCAGACCUCCAAACACAGUAAAAGCUGGAAAGGCAAGCAAGGCGAGAUGCGGAGUCUCUUUAAGUCGGAAAAAGGGGAGGGGAAGGAUGUGGCUAGGCCAGUGAGCUUCGAGGAGGUGGCGAGGAAGAUUGUGGGUGCGGUCAGGGAGGGGAUGAGUGAUAAUGAGGUAAGGGCAUGUGCAGGGAGUAAGGUUGCGUGUCCUGGUCUUGAUAUUCUCAUCGAAGUCGAAGCCAAGCAUGGUAUGUCCAACAAAAGCGGCAGCUUGAUGGACCACAUGUUGGUUGGUAUGGUCGGUCAAACAUUGAACUUUUUGACAAUCACUCCCAAGUAA